UUCAUCGAAGAAAUUCCCAUUUCCUGGAGCAUUAUUACGUGAUGUGAGACUUUACAUUUUCUUGAAGUAAUAUGGAUUUUGUACUACAGAAUCAAGCUAUUGGCCAUCUAGGAAACUUUUGUUGAUCAAAAAGUGGUGCAGGAUUUUAGAGAUGACCAUGACAACAUCCCAUAUGAAUGGGCAUGUCACUGAGGAGUCAGACAGUGAAGUAAAAAGUGUGGAUCUUGCGUCACCCGAGGAACCUCAGAAGCACCGAGAAAUGGCUGUUGACUGCCCUGGAGACCUGGGCACCAGGAUGAUGCCCGUCCGUCGAAGUGCCCAGCUGGAGCGCAUUCGGCAGCAACAGGAAGACAUGCGACGUCGGCGGGAGGAAGAAGGGAAAAAGCAAGAACUGGACCUAAAUUCCUCCAUGAGACUUAAAAAACUAGCCCAGAUUCCUCCAAAGACUGGCAUAGAUAACCCUAUAUUCGAUACCGAAGAAGGAAUUAUCUUAGAAAGCCCUCAUUAUGCUGUGAAAAUAUUAGAAGUGGAAGACCUGUUUUCUUCACUCAAACACAUCCAACAUACUUUGGUAGAUUCUCAAAGCCAGGAGGAUAUUUCGCUGCUUUUACAACUUGUACAGAAUAAAGAUUUCCAGAAUGCAUUUAAGAUACACAACGCUGUCUCAGUCCAUAUGAACAAGGCCAGUCCUCCAUUCCCUAUUAUCGCCAAUGCACAAGAUCUUGCGCAAGAGGUACAAACUGUUUUGAAACCAGUCCACCAGAAAGAAGGACAAGAAUUAACUGCACUACUGAAUACUCCACACAUUCAGGCACUUUUACUGGCUCAUGAUAAGGUGGCUGAGCAGGAAAUGCAGUUGGAGCCCAUCACAGAUGAGAGAGUGUAUGAGAGCAUUGGUCAGUAUGGAGGAGAAACUGUAAAAAUAGUUCGUAUAGAAAAGGCUCGAGAUAUUCCUUUGGGAGCUACAGUUCGUAAUGAAAUGGAUUCUGUCAUCAUUAGUCGGAUCGUCAAAGGAGGUGCUGCUGAAAAAAGUGGCCUGUUGCACGAAGGAGAUGAAGUUCUGGAGAUUAAUGGCAUUGAAAUCCGGGGGAAAGAUGUCAAUGAGGUUUUUGACUUGUUGUCUGAUAUGCAUGGGACUUUGACAUUUGUUCUGAUUCCCAGUCAACAAAUUAAACCUCCUCCUGCCAAGGAAACAGUUAUCCAUGUCAAAGCUCAUUUUGACUAUGACCCAUCCGAUGACCCUUAUGUUCCAUGUCGGGAGUUGGGUCUCUCUUUUCAAAAGGGGGAUAUACUUCAUGUGAUCAGUCAAGAAGACCCAAACUGGUGGCAAGCCUACAGGGAAGGAGAUGAAGAUAACCAGCCUCUUGCUGGGCUAGUACCAGGGAAAAGUUUUCAACAGCAAAGGGAAGCCAUGAAGCAAACGAUAGAAGAAGAUAAGGAGCCAGAAAAAUCAGGAAAACUCUGGUGUGCAAAGAAAAAUAAAAAGAAGAGAAAAAAGGUUUUAUAUAAUGCCAAUAAAAAUGAUGAUUAUGACAACGAGGAGAUCUUAACUUAUGAAGAAAUGUCACUUUACCAUCAGCCAGCAAAUAGGAAAAGACCAAUCGUUUUAAUUGGUCCGCAGAACUGCGGCCAGAAUGAAUUGCGUCAGAGACUCAUGAAUAAAGAAAAAGACCGCUUUGCAGCCGCAGUUCCUCAUACCACUCGCAGUAGGCGAGACCAUGAAGUAGCCGGUCGAGAUUAUCUCUUUGUUUCCCGACAAGCAUUUGAGGCGGACGUAGCAGCAGGAAAGUUCAUUGAGCAUGGUGAAUUCGAAAAAAAUUUGUACGGAACCAGCAUUGAUUCUGUGCGCCAAGUGAUCAACUCUGGGAAAAUAUGCCUCUUAAGCCUUCAUACACAGUCACUGAAGAUACUCCGGAAUUCAGACUUGAAACCCUAUAUCAUCUUCAUUGCACCUCCUUCACAAGAAAGACUUCGGGCUCUAUUGGCCAAAGAAGGCAAGAAUCCAAAGCCUGAAGAGUUGAGAGAAAUUAUUGAGAAGACUAGAGAGAUGGAACAGAACAAUGGCCAUUACUUUGACACAGCAAUUGUGAAUUCAGAUCUUGAUAAAGCCUAUCAAGAAUUGCUUAGGUUAAUCAACAAACUCGAUACUGAACCUCAGUGGGUGCCUUCCACUUGGCUACGGUGAAGGAAACAUCUGUGUGGCAAACUGGACUUGAUCUCACAAACUUCCUGUGGGAAGAGAGCCCUGCUACUUCAACUGAAUCUGAGGACAAGGUGGCAGCGGAAGUUGGUGGACCUCUUAGAUCUUUUAAUGAGAAGUCCUCUUGAGCAAGUUGUGCACAGCAGUCUUCAUUCUCUGUCCAUGGCUUUAUCCGUUCCUGCCUAUCUGUCGGGUUCUGAAUGGAAGCUUUCAGUAGCAGUUCUCUAUCCACUUAAAGCCUUUCUCGUUUGUUUUUUACAAACUACAUCUUUUCUGCCAAGUAAUAUUUCCAUAACAUAGGCUCACAACAGUCCAUGUCUCACCAUUAUAAACGUUACUUGAAUGGUUAAAUUACUUCAUGGAAAUUCAGGGGCAGGGGUGUUGUGCUUCUUUGCACUGAACGAGACAGUAUUCGGUUCGAACAGUGGUGUUUACCCACUCUCAGAUGGUUGCCAGUCUGCAGGUAUAGGAAGGUUGAAAACAGCUGGGCUACCUACCAACCUUGGUUAUAACCACAGUCCAGGGAUUGGUUUGCAGGACAGGUGCCAGUCUACAGGGUAAAAAGGUUGAAAAACACUGGUUUCAAAGACUAGUGUUGUGGUCCUCAAAAAAAUCCUUUCCCUAUAAAAUAAAACAAAGAACCUGGUGCCACUUGGGCUUAGAAUCGCUUUGAUAGACUGAAGUUCAUUUGUGUCAUUUGAUUUUU